CGCCUGCCCAGUGGCGUCCGCGGCCGAUUUCGCUCCGAGAGCUGUGGAAUUUCACGUGUCGUCGUUCGUGGGAAGGGAGAAGCGGGUGUGUCUCUUGCCCGGCCCGGCUCUUCUGAGGCUCAUCUCUUUUCGUUCCCCUUCGGGCCAUGGGGAAAAUCGGGUUGCAGUUCAAAGCGACUUUAGAAAACAUCACAAACCUCCGGCCGGUGGGGGAGGAUUUUCGAUGGUAUCUGAAGCUUAAAUGUGGAAACUGUGGUGAGAUUUCAGAAAAAUGGCAAUAUCUACGAUUAAUGGACAGCCAGCCUCUCAAAGGAGGCCGGGGAAGUGCCACAAGGGUGCAGAAAUGCAAGCUAUGCUCCCGAGAAAACUCCAUAGAUAUCUUAAGUCAGACAAUUAAGCCUUAUAAUGCUGAAGACAAUGAGAUCUUUAAGACAAUAGUGGAAUUUGAGUGUCGUGGCCUUGAACCAGUGGAUUUUCAACCACAGGCAGGGUUUGCUGCAAAUGGUGCUGAGUCCGGCACAUCUUUCGAUGACAUCAACUUACUGGAAAAGGACUGGAACGACUAUGAUGAAAAAAUUAAGGAAUCCGUUGGCGUCUAUGAAGUUACCCAUAAGUUUGUCAAAUGUUAACUCCUAUGGAAAAAAAAUUGCAUACAGCAAAGCCAUUUAAAUUGUAUCCACAAAAGUCAAAAUAAAACCAUUACUUUGAUAUUUUUGCCCA